AUGCUUUUUUAUGGAGUUCAUCAUCGAAAGGCUCUGUGCUAUCAUCCACUUGCUAAUGGUCAAGCAGAAGUGUCAAACCGAGAGAUUAAAAGUAUUUUAGAGAAAACUGUCAACAUAUCAAGGAAAGAUUUGUCAAAAAAGCUUGAUGAUUCACUGUGGGCAUAUCGCACAGCCUGCAAGACUCCGAUUGGUAUGUCACCAUAUCAGUUGAUGCUUGGGAAGGCACGCCAUUUACCAGUAAAACUUGAGCACCGAGCUUAUUGGGCGGUGAAAAAGAUGAACAUUGAUUUAUUUAUGGCGGGACAUAACAGCCUUCUAGAGUUGAAUGAGCUCGAUGAAUUUCGAAAUGAAGCCUAUGAGAAUACAAAGAUUUAUAAAGAAAAGUCUAAAGCAUUUCAUGAUAAAAGGAUAAUUAGAAAGGAUUUCUAA